AUGAUAAUCACCAUCGGAGCAGUGGAAGCAUUUUCGCAAUUGCCGUCGACGCUAGAGGGUCGAGGAUGGACAUUUGAUCACUUUGUACUCGAUGAGACAAUACUGCUUUUGCUUCCACCGUCAUUACGACGAGAUCUCUCAAUAUCGGCUGGUGGUUCAUUGAGGAUUACAAACCUUCACUUUUUACGAGGAAAACGACUUGAAUCGCUCGCUCUCCAGCGAUCAUUCAUAUCGAGUGCUGAUUUGGUGGUGCUCACUGAUAUGGCUUCAUCGCUAGCAACGCUCGAUCUCACAUCGUGCGUCAAUGUCACAGACGGUUUGCUGCUUGGCCAGCUGCACAAUCUGAGAUGUCUCUAUCUGGGCAACAAUCGUGAACUCACCGAUGAAUCCGUGUUGGGCAUAUGCACGGGCUGCCCACGACUGCAGCGGUUAUCGCUCGACAAUUGCGCCAUGCUCUCCAACAUUCAUUGGCUGUGCCCUAGCGAGUUGAAGUGGCUGUGCCUCGCUGGAGUGAGUGCAGUCGACGAUCAUGUGCUGGCACGGCUGACAAACUGUCGUCAGAUUCAAAUGCUUGACAUCAAAUUCUGUCGAAAUGUGACUGAAGUCGGCCUGAUGGUGAUUCUCAACUUACCGAUGCUCGCACGUCUGGAAGUACAAGGCGUUCGGGCCUAUUCGAAUCGGCUACUUCAAAACGUCAAACGUGUUCCAACAACCAUCCUCAGUGACUGUUUGGUUCACUUACCUCUGCGUUUGCCACCAUUACCCAGCCCAGCAGUGAGCUGA